ACUUCAAACAUGUCUUUUUAACGUGUAUUGUUUUAAAAUAUUGUUAUUUACUAUAAACCUAAAAUAACCCGCAAUUCCUGCCUUGACAUGGACCAUGACAAUAAAAAAGUUUUUGAAACAGGCGUGAAGAGAAACUCGUUAAUCUUGGAAAAUAAUCUUUAUGAGAUUAUCCAAAGAGACGUCGCUAAACCCAUUCUUUCAAAAAUAAGAGAUGACGUUGAAGACAUCACUUUCAAUUUCAUUCCAUCAGGUGGCAAAUUUUAUAUACCAAAGAAGAAAAGUAAACUUAAAGUAUUAACUAUUAGAGAUCUACGUGUUAUGUAUGAAGAAGAUAUAUUGCAAACAUUACCUAAUGAAUUGGAAAAACAACAGAAGCUCUUGCUUAGAAAAAUAAAACAUGGAUUUGCCAAAGACGAAAAUACUAGAAGCAUCGCUAUAAAUUUGUUAAAAUCCAAUAAUCCAAUUUCUAGACUAUCGUGGCAAAUGUUAAUGAAUCUCAAUCCAGAAGACAAAAUACAUUCUUCGCAAUACAUUUUAUGGGACGGGAAAUGUAUUCGAUUAAAUGGAAGCACAGGUGGAAGAAAUAAAUUUAUAUGUAAUUUUGAUGUAUAUAGAGGCAUGAACAAAGAUAUUUGUAGAAAAACAACUUCAACAAGAAGUAAACUUUUAAAUAAAAAGAGAUGUUUGUUGCGUGCUUCGUUGGAUGUAAGGUUUAAACCUGGGCCAUUAAGUAAAAAGAAACGUUUAGAUUAUUCUUACCAAAAAUAUAAUGUGGGUGAAGUGAAAUUAGUAAAGUUACCAAAACCGGGCUUACAUAUUCAGCCAAUGUACGGUACACCGAUAGAGCCGACAGUAAAAACAUUUUUGCAAAGCUUGCGCGAAGACGAUGGUACUAUAUCCGCGAAAUGGGCAGAGUUUGCGGUUUCGAUGCUAGGAAAGGUAACAAAUCAAGUUGUACAUAUCGAAAAUGAAGAUUUUAUCACAUUUAACUUAAAUUAUAAAUACAAUCAGAACCAUAUUUUAAUGCGGCAGGAUCUUGGUAGUUUUCAAGGUACAAUAAACGACAAUUUAAUUAGUCAAGAGCUUCCGCCUUGCACAAUAUUCAAUGAGUCAACAUUGACAUCAGAAGUUAGAGCUGUAGUCGACGAAAUUGUUGAUGCGGUUGAAAUAAGUUUAAAUAAAGAUCUAAAUUACCCAGCAUUUGAUGAACCCAGAGAUAUUUUAACCACUAGUAAAACAGAGAUUCCUACUCAAGGCAAAGAAAAAGUUAAACGUAGAUAUGGAGAGUUAGACAGACUUGACGUAACGGUGAUAAGAUUAUCCGAAAGUCAUAAAAAAAAUGUCACUAAACCAUGUCAACAAACAUUUUGUAGCUUAGGAUGCAUUUGUGAUUCCUUAGAAUGUAAUUAUAACCUAAAAGAUCAUUGCGGUCGCGUGGAUUGCAUGUUUAUAUGUAAAUGUGACUUUUCAAAUUAUAAAUUUACGGAUUCUUUAGACGGUGAUAAUUCUCAACUCUACCCUGGUUUAUAUUACUUAGACCAAAAAAUUAACGGUAAAUUGUCAAAAGAAGAACAAAAAUUUCAUCAAACUGUCAUUUUAAAAGACGAUAAAAGUAUCUUAUUAAAGUCCAACAGAAGAAAUUGGAAAGCAACACAAAAAUAUGCGGAUUUUUAUAACAACAUGCGUUUACGUUCUGAAAUAAAAAAUAAAAAAAUGCUAUCUAUUGUGGUGACCAAAUUAAAUUGUCGUAACAUUGAACCUUGGUGUAUGGUUCAUAACUUAUAUAAGUGCUUUUGCAAAGGUAAAUUUACGGAGAGUUUAACUUAUGAUGCUAGUAAAAACGAGCAGAAACAUUUAACUAAUGAAGUCGGUAAAGACAAUGAAGUUCUUUCUGUGCCAGAUGUAACUCAAAAAGAAUCUACUGCUUUAAGUAUCACCGAAAUCUCUCAUACAAAUACUGAUCGCAAUAUUGCCGGUCUAACACCUUAUUUUUGUUCAAGAGUACUGCCUUAUAAAGGUAGAAAUCACGAUAUUAAAUAUUAUAAAACAACAAAUAAAAAAAUUUUGGAAAUGGAAAAACACGAUAUUAGGCUUCAAGCGAAAAUGAUCAAUAUUUUAAACCAAUCUUAUGGAGUGGAAAAUACGGAGGAAGUUAAUGAAAAUAUGACAGAAGUUAAUGAAAACAUUGAGGAAGUAGUUGAAAACACAGAAGAAGUUCCUGAAAAAUCGAUGGAAGUUAAUGAAAACUCGAUAGAAGGACCAUAUGAAAAGGAUGAACCAUUGGGGAUAGAAGCUUUAAGAAGACCUGUAAUAUUUCCAAGUAAAAACAAAACAAGAGGUAUGUGGAUAACAGUAAAUAAAGUUGAUAAUGCUGAAGUGAUCAAUAACCCUCUAUCUUUUAUGCCAUCAUUUAAUAAGGGCCGUGACCAGGUAAUAACAUUUGGAAAUGACGGAUGCUCAGACUCAAAUUAUGAUAUAACACCGUCAACUUCUGCGGACGAUCAACAACUUGCGAAUGAAAAUUCUGCAAAAAGUUUAGUUAAGAAUCCAAAAUUUGUCAAACCGGUGAAAAUAAAUAAAGCUGAUUGUUUUAAAUUGCCUUUGAAAAUUUUAACUAAACCAUUCCCUAGAUGUAUUAAAAAGAGAGGCAAAUUUAUUCAAGAAAACAAGUCACCUACAGAUACUUCUUUAGAAGAUGACAUGGUUAGUUUGCCUAAAGAAACUGAGGAAAAAAUUAUUGAAAGUUCUAAUGUAACAAAUAAUUCAGAGUUUAAUGAACUUUUAGCCAAGAUCCCACCUCAAAUUAAAAUAACAAACAUUGCAUCCCUGUGUGGACUAAAGUCUUCCAGUGGCAAAUUAACGAAUAGCAAGAGGCCCGAAAAGGGCAUGUUCGUCUUAAAACCUGAAGAAAUUAAUGAAAGAUUAGCGUUUAAUUAUUUUCGUCUCUUGCAACCCGAUGAAAUAAAUGAAAGCAGCACCGAGUUACCUACAGCACAACCUCACACAAUCCCCGAAGAUUCUGCUACAAUCUGUUCUAUGGGUGAAAACUCUUUUAAUUACGCUACCGUCUUGUCAGCCGUUCAAGACUCUCUUGGUUGUCCUGCAAAUAGUUCAGAAGUUGUAGACUCGCUUGAUACCACACCAAUUUGUUCAGGCGAUGAAAACUCUCUCGAAAGCACUGCAAUAUAUUCACCACUGACGACUGACGUUUGUGUAAUUUCCGAUGAAGAAGAUUCUAAUAAUUUUUCAAGUACUAGCUCGUGGAAAGAAAUAUGGAUUAUGUGCACAAAUAUAAAAAACUUAGGUUGGGUACCAGGAAGAAGAAACGAGGAAAACAAACUCAGUUUUAGAUUUCCAGGUUUUGCAUUUACCGAUUUUUAUGAAGAAGAAGUAGCGUUUAAUAAAAUAAAUCAAGUAUUCAUGAGAAAAGUGUACGUUCCAAAAAAUAUAACAAUGAAAUGGCGAGUUGUAGAGAACGUAGCAGAUGUAAAUGUGGAAGAUGAAUUGAAUUUAAAUUAUUUAAAUGCAGAUUACGUUUUAACAAAACAUGGUUUAGUACAUAAAAAUAGUUUGGUAUUCAGAGGAAGGAAGAGAAUUCAGGAAGAUAACAAUUUAUGGAGCAGUAAGAAAAUAAGAAUCGAUGAUGAAAAUGAAAGCGACGUUGAUAAAAUUGAUAUUGAGUAUAUUAACCUACCAGAGGAUAAAGAUAAUUCGGAUGUUGAUGAUGUGUUAGGUGAUGAGAUGAAAAAUGACGAUGAUAAAAAAGGUAGCGAUAAUGUUGAUAAAAAAGAAAUUAACAAUGAUACCGUAUUUUAUAAGAAUAUUCAAGACGAGGAUAAUAGUUUAUUCGAAGAUAAAGAAAAAAUGGAGGAAUAUCGUAAAGUAUUUGGUUGUGCUCCUGCCAUUGCGUCCAUGUCCACGAGAAUGAAGCAAUUGUCUACAAGAGAAGUUUUGAAGCUUGACUCAGCCGACUGA